AUGAAAAUAACGGCCAAUAUUCCGGCUCGUCUGCGCAUCGCAGGACACUGGUGCGUCGUAAAGUACAGUGGGCAAAAGCCAGUGUGCUUUAAGUGCCACAAGGAAGGGCAUGUCAUUGCUGACUGCCCGACCUUCCAACGCAACAACAAUAACAUUGCUGCUACAACCAGUAGCACUAAUCAUAAUAAUGAUACCGACAUUUCGGUACCUGUUGCUCCUUCGCAGUCGCUGGUUUCCUACGCGGCGGCUGUGGGGAGCAAUCUUCCAACACAUACUCCCUCCGAGAGUGCCGAUGGGUCAUCCACCCCAUUAACUAAUCCCAACCAGUCAGCUCCUGACUGCGCUUCCGGUGCUCCGGUCUCUUCUGCCCCUUCUGGGCGGGGUAGCAUUGCUGACAAAGAUACUUCCCCAGUACCACCUACCAGCCCGAUUCGACGACGUGGGAAACGACGCCAUCCUCCCACCCAUUCGCCACAACCGGAGGAGAAACGAGCUGCGCCCGACGACGUAGAAGUUGAUAUUAUCAAUACGGCACCUGAUCCCGUAGAUGAAGAAUACCCAUGGUCGCAGAUCUCAGCUGACCAUUCCAUCACUGAACUCGCGAGUAUGACCCCGGCACACGAGGACGCAGACUCCCGACCAGAGACAGUGCCACUUCCCCAUGACACUGAUGACGAUGACGACGACGAUGACAAUAAUGAAACGGAUAUGGACAACGACAAUAAUCAGACGACGGACGAGGACGGUGAUAAUAAGACAGAAAACGGACAAUGCGAAAUAGACGAAAAUAACGAAGAUGAUGAUGAAAAUGAUGAUACACGGGACUCGGAGGAAGACCUGAUGGACCCCGACGACUACCUAGACCCCUAUGACGAUAGAUAUCCGAGUGAUGACAAUGCUUCCUUUGCCACUGUGUCGGAGGCGGAGUUGCCAAGCUCCCCUGCUCCUCAGAUGGUGAGCCUCUCCAUAUCCACGACAGAUGCAACUUCACGGCUAAAGACACAGGAUGAGCCUGCAGUUGCUGUGGCACACGAUGCAGACGCACUUUUCAAACUGGCGGCGGUGCUUCCCACCCGGGGGGGCUCUCCCUCCUCUUAA